AUGACUUGGGAUCGAUAUGAACUUGGCCAAAAGAACAUUUUUUACGAUGAAAAGAGACCCCUGAUCCCGGUCAACGUGUUCCCUCCGCACGUAGAGCGCGUACGGAGACUAAUCACGGACCUUUCUUGUGUAGUCAACGGGGAAGGCUUGGUCAAUAAGAAUGGGCUUAUUUCCGAUGAUAAGUUGAAGCCUUCACUAUAUGGCCCGGAUCCAGAUCCUUCCCUAGUUGCGGCGCAGAAGACUCUGAGCAAGGCGCACAGUCUCGUCAACGGUGGCUACAAAGAGCCGAAGUGGCAGACCUUCUUCGACGCGGACUUUUUCCAGAGACUUGACGGUUCUCUUUCAUCAUCCAAAGAUGAUACUAGACGCGUGUCAUACAACAAAUAUUAUUACGACGCAAUUACGAGAGAGACCGAUGUGCUCUGGGACCUGUUUCAAAAAGAUAAGGAGGCCGGAAUAGGGCCAUUUGAGAGCCGCAGUUGCCCUAAACCGGACCAAGCUUUCUUCCUUCCCAUUUAUCACGACCGCCAUCCGGCCGGCAUUCCUACUGUGGUAGACCCCAAUGCUAGACAGUGGAAUAGGGCUCAAGAGAUAUCAGCCACGGAACCGUUUACAUGGUCAACGCUUCAAAAAUUACACGGAUUUGGCCUCCAACCAGCACCUUCCCGCCUUUUUGAAAAACCACCACUGGAAGCCAAUCUCAAAUGCUACCCUUGGCUUGUAGUCGAACACAAGAGAGAGGAGCAGCCCGUGCGAGAUGUGUGUUGCCAGGCCGCUAAUGCUGCAGCGUGCGCAAUUGGUUUGAUUAGGCACACAGCUCAGUAUGCUGUAAAGCUGCCGAAACAUGCGCACAUCCCCCCCAUACCCGUCAUCACUACUAUCGGACCUAGCGUCACAGUAUGGAUCAUGUAUUAUGCCACAGAUUUCGACGCCCCGUGCGGCCACCGAGAAACCACAGAGGUAACAGUGAAGAGACGCAAAGAGGGAUGUAUUAUGCGCGUUAUUUGGAACGGUGAAAUGACCAAGCUUGCUGACGUUGUUAUGUUCCAAAUGAUCCUUGACAACGCGCAUACCUGGGCCACACGAGCUUUUAAACCUUUAAUGUCUUCGUACAUUGAACAGUGGCAGCAUGUAUUCGAUGAAUCAACUGUCAGCUUAACUUCUGGUCAUAGUCCGUUCUUCCUGUCAAAGAAACGUCGCGAAAAGACAGUUGAGCAGCGACGAGCCAUUCUUCCGAUAGUCCAAGGCCUGUUAGAUGACCGAGCCUCCUUGGAACUUGAUGAAAUGGCCAAUACGAAGGUGACUCCUUUAUUUCUAGGCUUACUAAUGCAUCAAAUCUGCUCGUCGGAGAAGGAGUUUAUAACUAGUGAAGUUGAUAGAGUCGUUUCUCAGAAAUUAGAGGGGCUGUCCAUGAAGGGAUUGGCAGCUGGUAAGCGGUAUAGUUCCCGAGGAGGAGAGAAUGCCCAAUCUCAGUCACAGUCUGAUUCCUAUUCUAACUACCAGGAAUCGAUUUUCGGGUCGCGUCAAACCAGUCAAUACUUGCAACUUGACGACGAUGACCCGAACGACUCCGACUACAGGCCGUCACAAGAUUCUUCAGCUUCUGUUCAAACGACAUCCUUUCUGGCUCUUGAGCCUCCUCAUUCAAAUACUACAGAUGUCUUUCCUUCAGACUAUCCGUUUUCUUUCCAUAGUUUGACGCGGGGUACUUCAAAAGGUUCGGAAGUCCAGCCAUCAGCAUCGAAAGCAGAUCGCCUCUUCAAUAGCCCCGACGAAGAUGGACGGGGAACCCCAUCUAUCUCUGGCGGCCAGAUUACUCCAAAGCCGAUUCGCUCACCGCUGCUCUCUAUACUUAUGUCUGGAGGCUCAGGUUCGCUAGCUGGAAAUGUGUCUCGAGAGAUAUCUAAGGGAACAACACCUUCUGGGCCACCGGUCUUCACUGGUCGAUCACCACCUGAAAGGCGGGGAUUGUCUCCCGGACGACAAUUUGGCCAG